GGUCAAGGGAGAUGCGUUCUCCUCAGCUCAGCUCAUGGCGGGGCUGGUUUUAGCACCUGGCCGGAUGAAGCGGCCUCCCGGGAUACAACUUUGGCCUCUUCUGCAGAGCAGACUUGGGCUUUGGGGUCUGGCAGAGAGGACAGGGACACUCUGGAAGAGCCAGUGCCGUACGCGUCAGGCAGAGGGGCGAGGAACCUCCUUGCUACCUAGUGGCACGCUAGGAAGUCGGCCCUUCAGCACCCGGCUGCCGCCGCCCCCGGGGUUUCCGGGACAGGAGUCCGGGGACCGCCGGGACCCUACGCGUCCCUCGAAGCCCGGGCCUGUUUCUUGGAAGUCUUUAGCAUUCACAUUUGCCAUUGGGGGAGCAUUAUUGGCUGGAAUGAAGUACUUCAAGAAAGAAAAGACAGAGAAGCUGGAGAGGGAACGGCAGAGAAGCAUUGGAAAGCCUCUACUUGGGGGACCAUUUUCCCUCACAACUCAUGCAGGAGAGCCUAAAACUGACAAAGAUUACCUGGGUCAGUGGGUACUGAUUUAUUUUGGUUUCACUCAUUGCCCUGAUAUCUGUCCAGAAGAACUAGAAAAAAUGAUUCAAGUUGUGGAUGAAAUAGAUAGUAUUCCAACUCUGCCAAAUUUAACUCCUCUUUUCAUCACCAUUGACCCAGAGAGGGAUACAAAAGAAGCUAUUGCAGAUUAUGUGAAAGAAUUUUCUCCCAAGCUUGUUGGCUUGACUGGCACCAAAAAGGAGAUUGAUCAAGUGGCCAAAGCAUACAGAGUGUAUUAUAGCCCUGGACCCAAGGAUGAAGAUGAGGACUACAUAGUGGACCAUACAAUAAUAAUGUACCUGAUUGGACCAGAUGGCGAAUUUCUAGAUUAUUUUGGCCAGAACAAGAAAAAUGCAGAAAUAGCGGGUGCUAUUGCUGCACACAUGAGGACCCACAGGAAAAAUAGAUAGCCACAGCCAGUGUUCUCUCGCUAAAGAAGACCAAAGCUUCGAGCACAUGUAUGCAACCUACUGAACAACCUUCAUACUUUGAAAACAUGUCUGUUAGCUGCAUGUCUCCCUUGGACUCAGCCAGCACUCUUGGAACUGUAAACAUUACAGUCCAGCCCAAAUAGCCACCCUGAGCCAGGAAGACAAGGUUCAAUUUGGAGCCAGUAGAGAGAAGAACUCCCAGAACUAACAGGGAGAAGCACGCUGGUGUAUCACCAGGAGCAGGGCCUUCAGAGGCUGCCUCGCCAUUGUGUUGGGCUUUUAACCACACAGGUUGUAGGGCUGAGCUUUACAGAAGAAUGUAAUUUCCAUAGUGCUCUUUCUUUGCUCACCUUUAGUGCUUGAUGGUAGAUAGUCAAGACUAGCUAUCUGCUAUUCAAAGUCAGUCUUGUACUUAAAAAGAAAAGGUUAGUCUUGUUAAUGGAUAUGCCUGUUAGAUUUCAUCUCCCCAUCAGUACAUACUGAUUUAACUAGUGAAAAGGGGAAAAAUCUGUUGUUUGGAGAUAACUUAAUUUGAUUCCUAUAGGAAUCUUUUGUGAUUUUAUUUUAGAUAGAUAAGUGAUUUUUCAGAUAUUUAGUUAUACACCAAACAGAAAUAAGGGUAUUGAUUGAUCAUCAGUAUGACAAAGAAUGGUUUUUCUGUGUAUAACAGAUUGCACUGCAUAUAAAAUGAAGGUUUGCUCAGUUUUGCAAUAUAAAUGAACAUAACUUUUCCCCUGGAUGAAGAGCAGGCCAGGUGUCAUAGCAGAGACUAAGAUCCACAGACCAUGUAGGUUAGAUGGGUGCUUGUGAAAAUGCAGAUUCUCUGGCCAGAGCUGACUAUAGUAAGCUUGAAGAAGGGUACGGAGUCCUAACAUACAGACCUGGAGAAACAACAUUCCAUGGUAGAAUAAUCACUUGAUGUGUCAGCUAUUCAAGAAAAUGACUGUUGAGUGGUAUAGUGAAUCUUGGCUUUUACAUUUUUUUCUUGCCUGCUAUGUGGAUUUGACUAUCACCUUUUUCAUUAGAAGCUGCUACAAAGUUCUCUGAAUGUUUUUAAAUAAAUCCUAAACUGCUACCUAA